GAGAGUGGGCGCCGCCUGCUCCGAGGUCAGUGAGUUACUAGUGUCGCUUCAACCGGCGGUACUGUAGUUGCGUGAGCAGCUAGUGUGUGUGCGUGGGCGGGCCCCGUGCCAGCCGCGAUGCAGAAGCGAGGCGGUGUGCUGUUGCUGUUGGCGGGGGUCGUCUCCGCCGUGGCUGCCGGGGUCUCGCCCUGCCAGCUGGCACUCCUCGCCGCGUCGGGCUUCGCCCUCGCCAGGUGCUGGCCCCGUGUCUACGUGGGGCUGGCCACGCUGCCUAGGGACUUGAGGCUCAUGUAUGGCUUCUUGGCGAUACUUAUCGGCAGCAAGCGAUACCAGAGGAACAAUGAUACUGUGGUGACGCUAUUCAGGAGCCAGGUUCAGAAGCAUCCCCAGAAACCAUGCCUUCUGUUUGAAGACCAAGUAUGGACUUUCGCACAGGUGGAGGAGUUCAGCAACCAAGUGGCCAACGUGUUCCUGACGCGGGGCCACCGCAAGGGGGACGUGGUGGCGGUGCUGGCGGCCAGCAGUCCGCGGUACGUGUGCGUGUGGCUGGGGCUGGCGAAGGCAGGCUGCGUGGCCUCGCUGGUGAACAGCAACCUGCGCGGCGACUCGCUGCUCCACGGCCUGCAGGCGGCCGCCCCGCGCAGCCUGGUCUUCGGCGCGGAGCUCGCCCCAGUGGUGUUCCAGGUGUUGCCAGCAAUGAGCCAAUUGCCACAGCUGUACCAGCUGGGAGCGAGCGUGACAGGCUGCGGCUCGGAUCUGGGACAAGUGUUCAGCAUGGACAGUCUCGUAGAGGCAGCGCCCUCCUCACAGCCCCAAGUAGAGCAGCUCAACUCAGAGGACAAAAUGCUGUACAUCUUCACAUCUGGCACCACGGGUCUGCCCAAGCCAGCGAUCAUACCACACUCUAGGUUCCUGCUGGUGUGCCUGGCAGCCAAGCACAUGCUGAAGCUGCGUCCGGACGACGUGCUGUACAACCCGUUGCCCUUGUACCACUCCGGGGGCGGCAUCGUAGGCGUGGGCCCCACCCUCGUGUUCGGUCUGCAGACCGUCAUCAGGGCCAGGUUCUCUGCCUCCGCCUACUUCUCCGACUGCCACAAGUACCACUGCACCGUGGGACAGUACAUUGGGGAGAUGUGUCGCUACAUCCUGGCGUCACCGCCACGGAGCGACGACACCCAGCACAGAGUCAGGCUGAUGGUCGGGAACGGCAUGCGACCGUCCAUCUGGCGAUUGUUCGUGGAGAGGUUCCAGGUGCCUCAGAUCUGCGAGCUGUACGCAGCGACGGAGGGCAACACCAACAUGGUGAACACAGACAACACCGUGGGGGCUGUGGGCUUCCUGCCUCGCUGUCUGCCCAAGUGCGUCUUCCCCGUGGCCCUCGUCAGGGUGGACCCCGAAACCGGCGAGCCCACCAGGAACGAGAGGGGCCUGUGCACGAGAUGCGACGUGGAUGAACCCGGCAUGUACGUUGGCCUGAUAUCCGAUUCCACUCCGUUGCGCCAGUUCCACGGGUAUGUCGACAAGGCAGCCUCCGAGAAGAAGAUAGUAAGAGACGUCUUCAGGAAAGGCGAUAAAGCGUUCAUGUCAGGUGACAUAUUGGUAAUGGAUAAAUAUGGCUAUUUAUACUUCAAAGACAGAACUGGUGAUACAUACAGGUGGAAAGGAGAGAACGUAUCCACGGCUGAAGUUGAAGCCGUAAUGAGCAAACUUAUCGGCCUCCGAGACGUUGCAGUCUACGGAGUAGAGGUGCCGGGGAACGAAGGGCGGGCCGGCAUGGCCACCGUCGUACACGACGGGCCCCUGGACCUAGAGAGGCUCGCCACGAGCCUGGCGGAGGCGCUGCCUGCGUACGCCCGGCCGCUGUUCGUCCGAGUGACCGACAAGCUGGACCUCACGGAGACCUUCAAGAUCAAGAAGACUGCCCUGCAGCGGGAGGGGUUCAAUCCGCACACGACCAGCGACAGCGUGUACUUCCGCAGCGGGAACACGUUCGUGCCGCUGACGCACCAGCUGUACAGAGACAUCACUUCCAGAGCAGUUCGCGUGUAGCGUGCCGUCCGCGACUCCUUGUCACGUCGCACGAGUUCCUCGAGAUGUGUUCCAAUCGUUACCUCAAUUUUAUACUUUAAGUCUGUUUUGAUGGACUGUGCAAAAAUGAUUUUUAUUUUUUCUGUAAAUUAUGUGUUAAGAAAUAACACUAAAUGAAA